CAUUGAGCACAGUUUUCGUGGUACUGUACAUGUUAGUUUGAUUCAAGGCGCGACUUGCAGUUUCUUCACGUUCCGCAGACACUACAAUGCAGACUGUAUCCAACCAACCGAAAGAGAAACCUAAGGCAGUACAAGUGUUUGGGCGGAAGAAAACAGCAACAGCUGUCGCUCAUUGUAAACUCGGGUCUGGAACCAUCAGAGUGAACGGCAGACCAUUGGAUGUACUGGAACCACGUCCUUUGUUACCCAAACUAAUGGAGCCAAUCCUACUCCUUGGAAAACACGGAUUAUCUACUUUGGACAUCAGAGUUCGGGUCAGUGGUGGUGGUCGAGUGGCUCAGAUAUAUGCUGUCAGGCAAGCUAUUGCUAAAUCAGUCGUAGCAUUCCAUCAAAAAUACGUCGAUGAGUGUUCUAAAAAUAUAAUUAAGGAGAAGUUCGUUCAGUAUGACAGAAGCUUGUUAGUUGCUGACCCAAGAAGGUGUGAACCAAAGAAGUUUGGCGGUUCCGGAGCUCGUGCAAGAUACCAGAAAUCAUACCGUUAAAGCUAGCUUAAAUAUAUUCUGAUGGCUAUA